UUCCUCCUCCCUCUCUCCUCCUUUAUCUUGUUCAGCAAAUUCUUCGUCCUGUCGUCAUGCGGACUACUUUCCCGACUGGUUCGCCGUACGAGUCCAUGCUCGAAAACCCAUUUCCGGCUGUCGACGGCACCUCGACGCCGUGGGAAUGCCAAGAUCACGACCACGGGUUCUUGCCGGUUGUGUUCCAGUUUCCGGAACCAGCCGCCCCAAAACCGGUGAUUUCGAGUUCCAGUUUCGUAGACCGGGUGGAACCCGAAGCCAUGGAUCCUGACGCGUGUGAACCGGACCGGAAGUUUGAGGUGAUAGACGAAAGAAAACGACGGCGGAUGGAGUCGAACCGGGAGUCAGCGAGGCGGUCCCGGGCUCGAAAACAGAAGCACUUAGAAAACUUAAGAAACUUGGUGAACAAGCUGAUAGUUGAAAACCGGGAGCUAUCGAAGCAGUUGCGGUUCACGGUUAGUCAGUUGAACCGUGUGCGGACGGAAAACGACCAUCUCCAGACCGAACACACAAUUCUGCGGCAGAAACUUUUGUAUAGCCGACAAGUAUUAAUCUUCCGGCAAUUCCAUCGACAAUUGGCUUAUGCUUCCCCCUACAGCUCCUUUGAACAGCCGCCAAAUAUGUCCCAAUCGCAAUACAUCCUUAAUAACAACAACAACAACAACAACCUCGUUAAUUGCUAAAACAACCAGACCCUUGUAAACUAAGAAAAAAGCUGCUAGA